CAAAAACAACAACAACAAAGGGAUCGGACCAAGGAGCUAAAAAAAAAAAAGAAAUAAAGAAAGAAAGAAACGAAGUCGGGGUUAGACUAACAACUUAGAUUUGAAAAGGGUGAGUUGAAACGUCAGAAAAGGGGCAGGAAAAAAAAAAGAAUUAAAAUGUCCUCUGCCGGACAAGCGAGUUCCAGGCGGCAAUGGUGCUACCUGUGUGAUUUACCCAAGAUGCCCUGGGCUAUGAUUUGGGACUUCAGCGAGGCUGUGUGCCGCGGUUGCGUCAAUUACGAAGGCAUUGACAGGAUUGAGAUUCUUAUCGAAACUGCCAGGCAGUUAAAACGAACUCACGUCAUGCAGGACGGGAGGUCUCCGGGCCCCCAGGCCGGAAAGCACGGCCCAGGCGGGAAAGAGGGCUCCCUGGAAGGGGGGAGGCAAUCCGUGGAGAGGUAUGAGAGAGGGAGAGGGGAAUAUGGGGUCUCCCAAAGGCUGCCCAAUGGGCUGCCCAGGCCUGAAGAUGGGGGGCCCCCAGAAGCAAGCAGACAGAGCCCCAAUCCUAGAAGGGGCAUCGUUGGGACUGUGAAUCCCAGUCUGGUGGCACAGGGGCUGGUGGGCGUCUCUCACAGCUUGCUGGCAGCGGUCCCGGGUUUGAACACCAGGGGCACCUCCUUGACCAUCACCGGCCCGAUGUUGGGCGAAAUGGGUAAGCGAGGGGUCCAGGCGGCUGCGGGGGGGCUGGGCCCCCUCACGGGUGACUACGAGAAGGAGCUGAAGGAGAAGCAGAGGAGUGCGGAGGCCCUGGCCGAGCUGUCGGAGAGCGUGCGCAGCCGGGGUGAGGAGUGGGCUGGCCGGCCCAAGCAGGUGCGCGAGACCCUGCUGGCCCUGUCUAGCUGCGCCCCCUUCAACGUGCGCUUCAAGAAGGACCACGCUGUGGCGGGGCGCAUCUUUGCCUUCGACGCCAAGCCAGGCCUGGAUUUGGAGCUCAAGGUCUUCACCGAGUACCCGUGCGGCUCCGGCAAUGUCUUCUCCAGCCUCCUGGGUCUGGCCAAGCAGAUGUUCCAUGACUGCAUGAAAGACGCCGGCAAGGUCAUCAGCUCUGGGUUCAAGUACGUGGAGUACGAGAAGAGGCACGGCACUGGAGAGUGGCGCCUUCUUUCCGAGUUUCUGGCGGACCCGGUCCGGGCUUUCAAAGAACCCCCAGCCCACGAACUCUUCCCCCAGCCCUAUCUAGACCCCAGCUUCCCCAUGCUGCCAACCGCCUUGUGCGGGCUGGGCCGGAACAUGCCUCCCAGAGGGGGUGUGCGCCGCCGGAAAGCUUCCCCGGAAUCAGAGAGUGGGGACGCGGGGAGGAUGGGAGAGGAGCACAGGCAUCACUGGCUGCCGGUUUCCUCAGGGGGCGUGUACGCAGGCGUGCCCCACUUGCUGACCUCCACAGCUGGCCAGCCCCAAGAUGGGGAGCCCUCGCCCAUCACAGCUCUCAUGAGCGUUGCCGACAGCCUGGGCGCCGGGCAGUCCCCGAAAGAUGCCACCUCUUCUGCGGCGUCUUCCUCCGCCAACAGCAGCAGCAGCAGCCUGGUCCAUUCCGCCCCGGCUGGGCAGCACCGAAGACUGGCCGGCUCUAGAAACGGAGACCAGCAGCAGCAGCAACAGCAGGUCCAAGGAUCUUCCAGUAACAGCAACAGCAGCAGCUCCCUCCCUGGAGCGUCCAGCAGUGAGCAGAGCACAGGAGUGGAAGCAACAGGGGCCAGCGGCAUCCCACUGUGCUGUACCAUUUGCCAUGAGAGACUGGAAGACACCCACUUUGUCCAGUGUCCUUCCGUGGCCAACCACAAGUUCUGCUUCCCCUGCACGCGGGAUUUCAUCAGGGCGCAGGGGGCGAGCGGGGAGGUUUACUGCCCCAGUGGGGAGAAGUGCCCCCUGGUGGGCUCCAAUGUGCCCUGGGCUUUCAUGCAGGGGGAGAUCGCCACCAUCUUAGCAGGAGACGUCAAGGUGAAGAAGGAGCGCGACCCUUGAAUGCCCUGCGGAGAAGAAGGGAGAAAUAUAUUUGUGUUGCUUUAUUUGUAUUUCAUUAAGGGGGUGGGUGGUGGUGUAGACAAACAGGUCUUUGUAAUUGAAACCGUCUGACUGUCUUUUUCUAUAAUAUAUAUAUAGAUAUAGAUAUUUUGGGGUUCUUG